GAUCAGCUCUGUUUUCAUAGGGAACUUCACGAUGUAAGUUUGGAUUUCCACACAUGAAACUAAAACCACAGAAAUGAGGAACGCUCCUCGGUCUGUCCUGUGUCUGAGCGCACAGACGGACUCAUGGAGGGAUGACAAAGGGCGGGUUUGAACACAUGUUGUAUUUCCUAAUGAUUAACUUGAUAAUGCAAACAACACGGUUAAAGGGCAUUUCCAGAGGACACGAUUCACUCGGUCUGACUGCUGCUUGUGGAGAGGAAGCUCAUCUGCAAACCAACUGAUCCAACUGCCAGCAGCCCACCCAUCCCUCCAUAAUGGAUGACUUUGUCGGCUUAACUCCCAGCGAAGCUGUAAAGCGAGUGUCUGACUCACUGGGCUGCAGUCCGACCUCCGCAGAGGUGGCUGCUUACUUCGACAAAUAUGACAAACUGCGACAUCUCAGGGAGGAAUUUCUGGUGCCCAAAACUGCAGAUCUCCCCACCGCUGAUCUCUCGCUGGUUGAUGGCACCAAGGACUGCAUCUACCUUUCAGGAAACUCACUGGGGCUGCAGCCCAAAAACGUCAAGAAGUUCCUGGAAGAGGAGCUACAGAAGUGGGCCAAGAUUGGUGUCCAUGGUCACACACUGGGUGCACGGCCUUGGGCGUGGGCUGAAAAUAACAUUGAGGAACCGAUGGCUAAAGUUGUAGGAGCUAAAACUGAGGAAGUGGCACUGAUGAAUGGCCUGACAGUAAAUUUACAUCUUCUACUGCUUUCCUUCUACAAGCCCACUUCAACUCGGCACAAAAUCCUUCUAGAAAACAAGGCCUUUCCUUCAGAUCACUACGCUGUGGAGUCUCAGAUACGUCUCCGGGGAUUCGAUCCUAAGGACAGCAUGCUGCUGCUAUCGCCCAAGCCGGGAGAAGACAUGCUGAAAACAGAGGACAUCCUGGAGGUGAUCGAGAAAGAGGGCGACUCCAUCGCCGUGGUCAUGUUCAGCGGGGUUCAGUAUUACACCGGCCAGCUGUUCGACAUGGCCCGCAUCACUGAGGCUGGCCAGAGGAAGGGCUGUUAUGUCGGCUUCGACCUCGCCCACGCAGCGGGAAACGUCGACCUGAAGCUCCACGACUGGGGCGUCGACUUCGCCUGCUGGUGCUCCUACAAGUAUAUGAACUCAGGUGCUGGUGGUCUCGCCGGGGCAUUCAUCCAUGAGAAACACAAACAUACCAUCAAACCAACGCUGAUGGGAUGGUGGGGACACGACCUGAAGACCCGGUUCCAGAUGACUAACGUGAUGGAGCUGCAGCCCGGAGUGAGCGGCUUCAGGCUGUCAAACCAGCCCGUCCUGCUCGUUUGCCCCCUGCAGGCCAGUCUGGAGGUGUUUAACAUGACCAGCAUGCAGGCUCUGCGCAGGAAGUCCCUCCUACUGACGGGCUACCUGGAGUAUCUGAUUAAGCACUACUACACUGAGGACCCGGCUCAGCCUCACAAACCUCACGUCCACAUCAUCACGCCGUCGGACCCUCAGCAGAGAGGCUGCCAGCUCUCGCUCUCCUUCUCUGUUCACAUCAAAAGAGUCUUCGAGGAGCUGGAGAAGAGGGGCGUCGCUUGUGACAUGAGGGAGCCCAGCGUGCUGCGAGUUGCUCCGGUGCCUCUGUACAACUCCUUCAGCGAUGUCCAUCGCUUCGUCCAAACACUGGGAGAAGCUCUGGCUGCCAGCAAGUGAGACGAGAAGAGAAAAGCCCCCC